CUUCUUCAUUCACUCAGACGCCGCCUUGAGUUAGAUUUUCGACAGAAAACUAGCUUGACUGCGCUUCCUUGCUUUCCUUUCUCGUCUGACUGUCGUGCAAACUCCAGGAACAUGAAAGCUGUUUGCGUUCUCAAAGGCACCGGAGAUGUGACCGGCACGGUGCAUUUCGCACAGGAGGGCGAUUCCGGUCCAGUGAAGCUCACUGGCGAGAUCAGCGGCCUUACCCCUGGCCUGCACGGCUUCCAUGUCCACGCCUUUGGAGACAACACAAACGGGUGCAUAAGUGCUGGUCCUCAUUUCAACCCUCACAGUAUGACACACGGAGGACCAACAGAUGAGACCAGGCAUGUAGGUGACCUUGGCAAUGUCACUGCUGGAGACAACAAGGUUGCCAAAAUCGACAUCACAGACAGUCAACUUACCUUAACUGGACCAAACUCAAUCAUCGGGCGGACCAUGGUGAUCCAUGAAAAGGCUGAUGACCUGGGCAAAGGAAACGACGAGGAGAGUAAGAAGACAGGAAACGCGGGCAGUCGUCUGGCUUGCGGAGUCAUUGGCAUCACCCAGUGAAGUCUCCUCAGCCUCAGGCUCUACAAUACAACUGCACUUAAACCACUCGGAGGAACAGAUGACCAAUGUGGAUGCGCAAACAAAGCUCUAACGCCUUUCAAGACGCUCUCCUUUGUUUUUCCCCCCUUCCCUGCACAAUCAGGCUGUCUGAGGAUAACCAUAUCGGCACAACCCCAUUCAUUGUGUUUUUGUUUCUUUUACUUGUUUUACGUUCAUCCUCAUCGUCAGUAUUUCCAUCUUUUGUUCAAUAGUUCAUCUAUGGCAUUGGUGAAUCUAUAUGUGCACUCUGCUCUGAAUUAAUCAAUAAAAGUUCAAAUAUGUAUGGAUA